GUAUAUCGGAAGACUCGGCCUUGUGUGCACGGUUUCGUUAACGAUUUUAGGUUUAAAACAAUAAAAUAAAAUAUCAAUAUAAUAUUAUGUCGUUGUUAUUCGGUCGGCGGUAAAAAUAUAUAAAAAAAAAAAAAUAAUAAUUAUUAAUUUUUUUAAAUCACACGCGUAACGAUAAUAUUACUAUCACAUGAUAUGUUAUGAGAGUUUGUCUUGAGAUCGUGACAAAUACCAUAUUUUAUUUUAUUACAAUAUAAUAAUAAAUCUGUGUGUUACCGAAGAAGAAAAAAAACUGGUCUAAAAUUAAUUUUUCCUCGGUUUGCUGUGGUCAUUGCGAAUUUUCAAGAUUAUUUGUGCCCGUCUGUAAACGCCGCAGUUGUCAUAGUUUUGUCAUUAAUUGGUAUGCCAGCAGUCUAAAGAUCUCUUUCAAUGACACUUACCAAAGAUGCAAUUGACUCACAGCAACGUAAACGCAGCUCGAUGGACUCCAAAAGCAAUUUACAAUCGGAAUAUGCUAUAGGCAGCAACGAUUUUAUACUUGUAGAUGAAGUUGCCGAUAAACCCAAAACCAACGUUAAGCAGAAACUACAAUUGAUAUCGCCUUGUAUUAUCAACAAGGCAAAAAAUACUUUUACGUACAAAAAUAUUACGAAGAGGUUGCCAAUACUGCAAUGGCUACCCAAGUACACAGCGGAAGACGGACUUGGAGACCUUUUGGCCGGCAUCACGGUGGGACUAACAGUCAUCCCACAAUCAAUGGCUUACUCCGCUCUAGCUGGACUACCGCCUCAAUAUGGCCUCUACAGCUCUUUCGUAGGAUGCCUAAUGUACGUGUUCCUGGGGACAUGUAAAGACGUUCCUAUGGGACCAACAGCUAUCGUAUCGCUAAUGACGUACAAUACGCUUCACGGACUAGGACCUGUAUACGGCACCCUUUUAUGUUUUAUAUCUGGAGUCAUUCAGCUGCUGAUGGGAAUCGUGGGCUUGGGUUUCCUGAUUGAUUUCAUAUCUGGCCCUGUGAGCUCAGGAUUCACAUCAGCAGUUGCGAUACUCAUCAUCGCGUCCCAAAUAAAGGACUUGAUCGGCGUCAAGGGCGGCGGAUCUACGUUAGUGGACAUGGUGAUUUCGUUGUCCAAAGACAUUGGAAACUAUAGGCCAGGCGAUGCUCUGCUGGGAGUGGCAUGCAUUAUCGUAAUAUUAUUGUUGCGGGGACUCGCCCUAUGUCAUGUCGGACCAAAGACCGCCAAAGAACAGACGACUGCCCAGAAAAUACUUAAUCGCUCAAUGUGGUUGAUUGGAACUUUCAGGAGCUCGAUAUUAGUGCUUUUCUGCAGUUAUUUAAGUUACUUGUUAAUAGAAAAAACCGGACACGACGUCACUUCGGACAACGCACCGCCUAUACCGUUCAAAGUAAUAGGUAAAAUUCCGUCCGGUUUGCCCAGCAUUGAUUUCCCGGAGUUCAGCGUUGCUCAGACUAACCAUACCGCUGUGGGAUUCUUUGAGAUGGUGUCCAAAAUGGGAUCCGGGGUCAUUGUUUUACCAUUAAUAGCGUUGCUAGAAAACAUAUCUGUGUGCAAAACGUUCGCGAACGGAAAGACCGUCGAUGCCACUCAAGAAUUAGUCGCCAUUGGUUUGUGCAACAUCGGAAAUUCGUUUGUUCACGGACUUCCCGGAUCAGGUUCCUUUUCCAGAAGUGCUGUAAACAACGCUAGUGGCGUCAGAACUCCCAUGGGAAGUUUGUACGCUGGAGUAUUGGUGAUCGUAGCCUUAUUAGUUUGCACUCCGUAUAUGUACUACAUACCAAAAGCAUCUCUAGCGGCCAUCAUCAUUGCCGCUGUUUUGUUUAUGGUCGAAGUCCGCGUGGUCAGACCUAUUUACAGAUCAAAAAAAAGCGACCUCAUUCCCGGGCUGGCUACGUUUUUCGCAUGUUUGGUGUUGCCGUUGGAGAUUGGAGUUUUGAUAGGCAUUGGAUUGAAUUUGGUGUCAAUUUUGUACCACGCAGCAAGACCGAAAAUCCUAAUAGAAGUACACAAGACUAGAGACGGUAUUAGUUAUUUGAUGGUAACGCCAGACCGAUGUUUGGUAUUUCCUUCAGUGGACUACGUAAGGAAUCUGGUGGUAAAGCAUAGUCUGAAAAGAGAUCUGCCUGUGGUGAUUGACUGUUCACACAUUUAUGGCGCAGACUUUACAGCGGCAAAGGUGAUUGAAAUAUUGACCAAAGACUUUUCCAAAAGAGGUCAGGCCCUGUUUUUUUACAACUUAAAACCUAGCGUAGUGGCCGUGUUCGAAGGAGUCCAGCCUAAAGAUUUCUUCACCUAUUACCAUAGGCACGAGCUAGACGUUCUACUUAAAACGCAAGCACAAAAAUCGAUGCAAAACGAUAACAUCACGGUCUGAUCUGACUUGUCCAAGUGCACUUUGUUACUUCAAAUAUUACACCGAACAAUACGUAUAAUACGCAAGAUUGUUAAGAGAAUAAUAUUGUUAUACAAAACAUUAUAUUCUAGUAUUAUUUUUAUAAUACUACAAUAUAAUGCUUUAUAAUAGUAUUUAUAAUACUUUUUUUUUUUUAAAUACCAUUGACUGUGAAUUAUUUUUUUAAUUGGUAGACACUUUUGUAAUAGUUAUUUAAAUGUAUACUAGUAUACUAUGUUUUAAGCAUUAUUAGUAGAAAAUAUGUUCACCAAAAAAAGUAUUAAUUAUAAUAUAGUGUAUUGCUACUGGCUUU